UAUCUAUGGUAAAUAGUAAAUAGUAAAAGUUUGUUGUUUUGUGUUUUGUGAGCGAGUAAAAGUAAACACUAAACAAGCAGAGAAUUCAGAGAAAUCUAAAUUUAGGACUAGGGUUUAUUUUAAAUAUUUUUGUGGUGGUAUGUACAAAGCAUAAAUAUAGUUAUUGUGGUGAUUUGUCGGUGGAAAACAAUUAUUUUGCAUCAGUUAUGGAAGAUUCUUAUAACUCGUUAUAUCAAAUUGGUGAUCAUUUGAUGAUAGAAUUAAACACACAAGAAAUAUUUGAAGGUGAUUACAGUGAUGGUGGAAAAAAUCGUAUAGACUUAGUUAAUGUUAGACAACAUAACAAUACAAAUAAACUCGAGGGUGUAUACUCCUUUUAUAGAAAUGAAAUAAUAAAAAUUUAUAAACACAAAAGUGCAGUAUUAAAGGAAGAUGAAAAGAAUAAAGUGAUUGUUACAGAAAGUAAUAAUAUACAAAUAGUUGAGGAAGAGUAUAACCGUUUAAAGCAGAUGUGCAAAGAUGCUAUAUAUUUGGAACAAAUCGAUGACAGAUAUUUUAAAUCUGUUGAAAAAUUAAGUGAAGCCGAAACUGUUGGUGUGGUGUCAUUAGGGACAGAUGAAAGUACAAUAGAUACAUUAAGAUUACUUGUAAUGUGUACCUGGAAACAAAUUUAUCUUUUUGAUUUAGUGAGUUUUAGGCACAGGAAAUUUUAUCCAGAAAUAAAGAAUAUUUUAGAAUCGGAAUAUGUUACAAAAGUAAUGCAUGGGGGUAGUUCACUAAUAAAUAUUCUUUAUAACAAUUACAAUGUAUAUGUACAAAAUACAUUUGAUACACAAAUAGUAGAUUUAAUCUUAGAAAAGAGUGAAACACGUACAUGCCCAAAAUUUACAGCAGACAUUUCACAAUGUCUAGUAAAAUAUUUAAACUUUCCACCUUCAUUACUAAAAGAUGCUUUAUCUGUAUCUAAGAGAAAUUGGAAGGAGAGGCCAUUAACUGAGGAACAAAGGUUUUUUGCUUCUCAACUUGUCACAUAUUUAAUUCCUCUGAAAGACCAUAUGAGUAAGAAGUUGAUGUAUAAAGUUUAUAAAGCAAUGGAUGACGUGCAUAAUUUAUAUUUCAGUUUAGAUAAUUACGCAUUUUCUCAUAUAAUGCAAAAAAAUAAAGUUACAAAGGAAAUUAGUAAUCUAAUUCCUACAUUGUCAUCCACUUUGAACUUGAAAAAUGAACAUAAAGAUAAUUCCGAUUAAACAUAUCAUGAAAGUUAGUUUAUACGUAGUAUAACAGGCAAAUAAGAACAGAUUGUGUUCUCUUAAAAUUGAAGUAUUUAUAUUAAUUACGAGCACUAUUAAUAGAAAUUUUAUUUUUGAUUAAAAAUGUGUUAUUUAACAAAAAAAAUCAUAACUAAAACUAAACACACAAUUCUUGUAAGUGUUUUGAGAAACAUGUAUUUUUGCAUUGUAAAUAUUUUUUA